AUGAAGCUCGCCGUAUUCAGUACAAAACCCUACGAUAAAAAAUACUUGUCGUCAGUCCUCGGCGCCAAGCACGCAGAGUCUGGCAUCGAGCUCAUCUUUCACGAAUUCGCUCUUAACGAAGAUACCGUCUCUCUCGUUGAUGGAGCAGAUGCCAUUUGCGUCUUCGUCAACGAUGUCGUCAACGACAAUGUCAUCUCCGCCCUGUCAGAAUUUGGCGUAAAGGCUAUUUUGCUGCGAUGCGCAGGCUUCAAUAAUGUCGACCUCGAUGCUGCCCAGCGACUCCGCAUCAUGGUCGCCAAUGUCCCCUCUUACUCUCCCGAGGCUGUUGCCGAGUUUGCUGUUGCUCUGAUUCAGACCCUCAACCGAAAGACCCAUCGCGCUUACAACCGUGUUCGUGAGGGUAACUUUGCUCUCGAUGGCCUUCUCGGAAAGACCCUCUAUGGCAAGACUGUCGGAAUUGUCGGUGUUGGCAAGAUCGGUCUUGCUACUGCACGCAUCAUGAAGGGUUUCGGCUGCAGACUCCUCGCAUAUGAUCCCUUCCCUUCGCCAGCCUUUGAGGAGUAUGGCGAGUACAAGUCCCUCGAAGACCUUCUGCCUCAGUGUGAUAUCGUCAGUCUUCAUUGUCCUCUCAUGGAGCAAACACGGCACAUCAUCAACCGCAACACUAUUUCUUUGAUGAAAGAGGGUGCCAUGCUGGUCAAUACCUCACGAGGUGGCCUGCUCGACACUGAAUCCGUCAUCCAUGCGCUCAAGACAAACCAUAUCGGUGGCCUCGCGCUCGAUGUGUACGAGGCGGAAGGUGAACUCUUCUACAACGACCACUCGUCGACAAUCAUUCAAGAUGAUAAGCUCAUGCGCCUCAUGACGUUCCCCAAUGUGGUUGUUUGCGGUCACCAAGCCUUCUUCACCGAGGAGGCUCUCACCGAGAUCGCCGAGUGUACCCUCAGCAACCUCGAGGAGUGGAUAGAGACCAAGACAAGCAAGAACUCUCUGACCAAGGACCUCAAGUUGCGACGCCGUGAAUCACUACCCGUCCGCGCCAUCUAA